UAAGAAAUUCUAUGGAAAAAGUUCACGCUCCACCUUAGGAGGUGUCUCUCAAGAUGACCUUCUAGCCCACCUUCAAGCCUUGGAGCAAAAAAUGAAUAUAGAUUUCCAACAUAAAUUACAAAAACAUCUCCAACAACAAAGAACAGAGCUCCAACAACAAAUGCAAAAAGAGAUGCAAGAGGAGAGAGCUCAAAUCCAACAAGGAAUGAAACUCCUACAACAGAUGCAAUUGGAGCUCCGCUCCGAGAGGCCUAAAGAGAUGUUUAUAAAAGAGCAUGUAGAAUCUGUGGGUACGAGCACUAACGGAAGUUGCUCAAAGGUUAUGACUACUGAAGAUUUAACUAAAAAAAUGGAUGCUUCUGAAGAUUACCUCAAAAAGAUUAACAAUCUCAAGGAAAAUUCAUUCUCUCUAGAUUUGGAUCAUGAAACAAGUGAACUCUCAAUUUUUAUUGAUAGGGUGGAUCUUAAUGAAUUAACUUCCGGUAUUAAAUGGCUAUCCACAUCUAUCUUGUCUUUAUGGUGCACAUAUCUACAUCGCAUGUGUAUCUCCAAGAAUUUCAACAAACUAUUUGGGUUUCUCGAUCCAAAUAGGAUACUAGUUCACACAAAACCGGCCGAAGUUAUUCAAACAUACAUACAAAAUAAGUUGGAUGGAGAGCCAAAAAAAUGUUAUUUAGGACCAUUGCUAAAUAGCAAUCACUGGCAAUUGUUUGUCAUUUGUCCUGAAGAUAAUAUUAUUUUUUGGUUUUGUUCAUUAAACAGAUCUCCUAAGAAAAAUAUUAAGGUCAUAUUGGAGGGAGCUCUAGAAGGUUAUCAUUUAUUAAGAGGUAUUAAGAAGAAGAAGCCUAAUUGGAAGAAUAUUAUGGGGCAUCAACAAGAUAACGGAUGGGCAUGUGGAUAUUAUGUCAUGAAAAAUAUGUUUGACAUUAUUGAUGCUUGUAUUGUUGAAAGAUUCAAUGAGAUAUUCACAGACACCUCAUCAUAUGAAAAAGAGUCAAUUGAUCACAUCCGACAACUUUGGGCUCAAUUCUUUUUGCAAAAGGUUGAAGAGCAAGAGAACCAGGAAAAGAAAGAUUUAAUGACAAAACAGAAGCGAUUAAAAAAAACUUAUAUAUAGAUAUAUUUUUGUUCCAUGAAUGAUUUAUUGGUACAAGUUACAUG